CUCUAGUUAGAUACACCCAAGCCGAGUAUAGAAUACAUACUCACAGUCAGCGAUCUCGAUUGUCGUUAUACCUUCUCGCUUUGCUCAGUGUUUAGAUCGCGCCGUGCGCUACUAGAUGGUAGUAUUUCCUUGGCUAAGAACAGCGUUAGCAGUAUGCUGGUGCUCGCUUUCUUCCGAUUCGACGAGCUGCCGAACUUCACGUGUUCUCACGGCGCUUCCUUUCGAGAACGAAAUAAAUCACAACCAGAUUGUUUCGUCGCAAGAAGAUCCGCUCCUAUGUGCUCUCCGAGAAAUGGAUUUUUCGGGUGCUCAACAGGACAAUAUCCUCACAGAGAGACAGCGUUGACCCCUUCAGCUCCAAAACGACAACUAUUUAAACAAGUUGUAGUUAACGAAAUGUCGCAGAAACGCCAUCGAAAGGAUCAUACAUACGACUACGGCUUGCCACGGGACUACGCUACGGUCUUUCCUACUCUCGGCGCUGAGCUAGACGCCUUUUUCACUUUCAUGACUAAGCCCUCUAUAUUGUCGUCAGAACCCCCACUUCGUGUUGUCACGGCCAACGUUUAUUUGCGACACGCCAAGUUAUUCCUGGGUUGGUACGUUAACAUAUAUCAGUGUCAGGGGGAACUCGACCCAUCCAUGGAGCCAAAAUUUGGAACGACCGACCCAUCACUCUACAAUAUUAUUCCCAAUCAGGAAAAGAAUUCGGCUACGUGCUUUAUCGACUUUCUUCUUUGGCUCCGAUCAAACCGACAGAUAUCGGUAUCUUACGAAGCCAACGUAUUGAGAGGCAUUACCAAAAUGCUCAAAUUUCGCUUUGCUCGGGAUUGUUCGCCGGACAGAACUGGCGACCCCAGCAAACCAUUUGAUGAUGUUCCCAUUCUUCGUGAACUUCGUAAAUUGCACCGCCAAGCUAAUGGACAGCAGCGCUUGGCCCCUCGUGUCAGUGACGAAACCAAAAAAUGGUUGUCCUGGCCGGAGUAUCUUGGUGUUGUCCAACAAUCUCUGACAGAAGUGGAUCAACUUUUACGAGCGUACAAUGGACCCGACCCAGAAACAGUUGAAGCAAGCUUUACAGUCGAACAACGAAGAAUUUCUGUUGCUUAUCAAAAGUAUCUGAUUUUGGCUAUUUUUGCCAGCAUUCCCGAUCGACAACGGACAAUACGGGAACUUGAGUUGGAUCGUUCGUUCGUCAAGGACAUUGCGAGCGAUAGCUGGGGUAUUAAGCAUGCACCCGACGAUUACAAAACUGGCAAAACAUAUGGGGAACGACCGUUACUGCAAUUAUCGCCUUCGCUAACGCCAGCUAUAGAGGGCUUUGUGUCACACUGGCGCCUUUGUUUGCGACCCCAGACUAAGCAUGUGUUUGUCCAACCCAGAACUUGCAAUCCGUUGACACAGGAUUCCGUCUACCAAAUUGUAUCUCGGGCAUGCUUUCAGUACACUGGGAAGCGAACCAAUCCGCAUUUGCUGCGGGAUAUGAUUGUGACGCACGUACGGGAGUCAGACGCAUCUGAAAAGCAAUUGGAAGCAUUGGCAUUAUUUAUGGGCCAUUCCAUUCAAGUGCAACGUGCAUCUUACGAUCGGCGUACAUUGAAUGACAAGGUGGCACCUGCCGUCGAGCUCAUAAGAUCUUUGAAUUCUGUCUCAUUGAUGAAAUAAAAUGUAAGGAAUUCGGAUCCGAAUGAAGUCCAAGGUACGCUACGAGAUACAAUAUAAUCGGGAU